AUGGUUUUUGGUGAUCAGGGCCACCAUCAGUUCCACAUUGAUGAGAACAUAGCCACACGAGUCUGCUCUGACCGGGCUCUCACUUACCCUCGCGACCAGCACCAAAAUGUUGCUGCUACGUACUUCGACGGGACAAUACUGAUCUGGACAGCCGCCGCUUCGCCAAUCAUUACAUCUGCCUCAGGUUUCGAGGAGCGGGGUGACAGUGGUUGCCUGGGGAAGAAUGGUCAAGAGGUUGAGCCAAACGGCGUAGAAGCCAGCACCCGGUUGCGCUGCGUAAAGUCCGGAGCCGAUAUCGCCAGCAACAUUAAGAUCACGGAUGUCGGGAGGGAGGGUGCAUUUCUCGCCGUGGAAGACCAGGCUGUUACGUACGCCUCGCUCCGUUUGUCUGGAUCCCACCCAUGGAGAUGUUGGGUGACGGCAAGGGGGCUCGAUUAG